AUGCCUGAAUCAUUUUUUCGGCGAGAAUUCGCACCAAGACGUCUUGCUUUUUGGAUAUUCUGGUUCGGUAGUCACGGUGGCCUGUUUGUUUACGGCUUUCUUAAACAAAAAAACGAUCCAGAAUUAGCGAAUUUAAACGUGCUUCAAUUAUCGGUAUGGAUGUCACGUGGAGCUGGCCUAUGUUUGGCAUACGACGGAGCAUUAAUCUUGUUACCAGUUCUCAGGAAUAUAAUAAAAUAUUUGAGACUGACAUUUAUAUCUCGCAUAAUUCCAUUCGACGAAAAUAUUUGGUUUCAUCGACAAGUCGCAUAUUCGAUGUUACUCUGGACAUUAGUGCAUACAUUUUCACAUUAUGUAAAUUUUUGGAAGUUGGAAAUUGUGACCAAUGGACAGAGACCAGCAUGGAAAACACAUUAUAUGACAUGGGGAGGACUCACCGGGCAUAUAAUGUUGCUGAUAAUGAUGACAAUGUACACAUCAGCACAUUUAAAAAUCAGACGUGCGAGUUUCGAGACAUUUUGGUAUACACAUCAAUUGGCAUUCUUUUUUAUGUUAUGUUUAUAUUUUCAUGGUUAUGGAUGUUUUGUGCAGACAAAAGAUGGCGUAUGUAAAGGAUAUCGAUCAUGGAGAUUCACUACUCUGUCUGGAGCGCUUUAUUUAUUCGAACGUAUAUUACGCGAGAUCAGAUCACGACAACAAACUCAGAUUACUAAAGUUGUUUCUCACCCAGCAAAUGUGAUCGAACUUCAGUUUUCGAAACCUGCAUUCCAUUAUAGAGCUGGACAAUAUUUAUUUCUGAAUAUUCCGAAAAUUUCCAGGUUUCAAUGGCAUCCAUUUACUAUCACUUCAGCACCCGAUGAUCCUUACAUUUCUGUACAUAUUCGACAAGUUGGUGAUUUUACUAUGGCACUUAGCGAUUUACUUGGAUGCAAGGAUAUUAAAACAAAUGAUAGUAAGGGAUAUGAUGAGAAAGGAUAUGAGAAAGAAAAAGAUGAAAUGAUUAGAUCAUUCGAUUUGUCUUUAUCACCGUUACCUUCUCUUAGGAUUGAUGGACCAUAUGGUGCUCCUGCUGAAGAUAAUAUUUUGUAUCAACACACAAAUAAACGCCCGUCAAAAUUACGCCGUGUAGAACUCUUUUGGAUAUGUCGCGACACAGGAUCAUUCGAAUGGGUUCAAUCUCUUCUAAAAACACUCGAAACAACACAAAUGGAAAAAGGAUUCCUCAAAAUCCACAUUUAUCUCACUUCUAAACUACCACAAGCCACCAUCGAAAAUAUCAUUUAUAAUGACGUAAAGGGAGAUUACGAUCCAUUGACUUACCUUACCUCAAGAACUCAUUAUGGUCGACCAAAUUUUUCGUCGAUUUUCGAGCAAAUUACAAGAAAUAUCGAAAACGGAGAUUAUUUGCCAGGUAAAGUACGUGAGGUCGCUACUAAGGUUGGCGUUUAUUAUUGUGGUCCGCCUCCUUUGGCAAAAAGUAUAAAAAGUGAAGCAAAGCGAGCGACUACUCCUAGUGUUGUAUUUAAUUUCCAUAAAGAAAAUUUUUGA